GGCGGUGGGAAUGGUGGAGGCGGUGGGAAUGGUGGAGGCGGUGGGAAUGGAGGGCUUGGUGCUGUUGGCCGAGACGUUGGCGACGGCGUUGAUGGAGGUGCCAUUGAGGCUGCUGCGAACGCUUUGGGCAGUGCUUAUGGCGGGGUUGGUGGUGAAGUUUGUAGUGUUUGUGGCGUUGGUGAAGGAGCCACAAGAGACGGCGGGAAUGCUAGAGGCUGUAGAGUUUGUUUUGGCAGUGGCGACGGUGCGGCUGGUGGUGUGGGUGGGCCCACUGGAGACUGUGCCACGAAUGAUGUUGCUGAGGGCCGCAGUGGUAGAGGCUGCGCCCGUGGCUCCUACGCUGCCGGCGACCCGGCUGGGAAAGUUCCGUUCGGUGGGAUCGGGCCCCUCCGUGCCGCGCUGCGAGAGGCACUGCUCGGCUUCCCGUGGGACCGACCUUUCAUCGCUUCGCCUGUGAAGACAGCGGCGAAGAGGAGAGCGAACGGGCAGAGGCGAGACGGGGGGGCCUCCGCCCAGGGCGACGACGACGAAGAGGAGUCGGGCGAGGCCACGAAUCUUCUUCUGCUGCUCGCGCCGUGUCCGCAAAGCCGCGAGGCGCUCGCCGCCUUCCUGGGGCCCGGGGCCGAGGCUCGAACAGCCCUCGGGAGCCUCCUGGCCACGAGCGGAAGCAUCAGGCUGCACUGGAUAGACACCACGACUCUGGCGGAGGUGCUUGGCAGCCCGGACCGCGAUGGUGCGGCAAUGGUGGCAGAAGCCCUGAGCCCAAGCGGCAGCCUCAUCCCGCUGGAAGCCCUGCUGCUGCUAGCGGGUGACGGGCACCACCAGGACGGCGCGGAGACGGAGCUGGUGCCGAACCGGCUGCCGCGGAAGGGUGCCGGUGGGAGCGCCGGCAAGGAGCUGUGGCGACGGUGGCUCACGGCGGACGCAACCUUCCCUGCGCCGGCGCUGCUGGGUCACUACCUCGCCAAGGGGGGUUGCCUCGCCACGCCGGCUGCUGCACCGCUGGUGCCGCUCGUCGUCAGAGAUGCCGCCGGUGCCGACCGCCUUUGCUGCAGCCUGUCCUUGGUGCUCGCCACUGCCGGUGCCGCGUCGUCGCCCCCAUCGCCCGUCCGCCUGCUCUUGCGUGGGACUGUGGAGCGGCCGUCGCUGGCCGGGGGCGGCCUGGGCGUGGCACAAGCCUGGGUGGCGUGCCCUGACGGGGAGAGUAGUGCCGAUGCCGACGCCGCCGGCGCUUCGACGGGGGACGUGGCGUCUCGGGAGGAGUUCAGCUUCCCCAAGACGAUGAGAACUCUCGCCUCGCUGGAUUUACUCCUGGUGGUGGAGGUGCUCAUGACGGAGCGCGCUGUGCCCGCCCUCGGCCUGCUCUACCCAGCCACCCCCACUGCGGCGCUGCUCUGCCUCAUCCGGUGCGACCGCACGCUUAGCCGGCAGCACGGACACUCCCAGCGGCAGGAGCGGCAGGAGCAGCAGUGGGACGUUCCACCCACCCCACAGUGCCAGCCUGACGCCCAUGGCGAAGAGUCGCUCCUCGGCUGCCUAGAGCGAGUGAGCGGCGGUUCGCAGCCCGACUGGAGGACGUUUCUCUCGGCUGCCACCGACCCCGAGCCUGGGUUGCCAGACUUCUUUGCGGGAGAAGCAGUGGGCGGUGGUGGAGGCGGUGGCGCUUGCGUGGUGGAGGAGCGCUACCCGGAGCUCGCGGGGGCCAGUGCGGCACUGGCGCAGGCUUGCCGGUCCCUCGCGGCGGCGGCGGCGGAGGAGGCUGCUGGAGGUGUUCCCGCGCGAGGCGAUGGCGGCCACUCCGACCCGGGCAGCGCCGAACUCGCGCUGAUGCUCGCCGAGCUGUACAGCUCCGCGUGCGAGGAGGGGCAUGGCGCGGUUGAGCGUGGUAAGGUACGCACGCCGGUGCGGCAGAAGCUGAAGACGCAGAACCGCGCGCUGCAGAUGGUGAACGUCGCUCGGAUCAACGUGCGCUCCCAGCGCUGCCGGGCCGAUGCCGACGACGCCGCCGCCGCCCCCCCGCCGGGCUGCCGCCGCCGCUCCGGCAAGAAGCCGGCGCUCUCCAGGCAGGAACUCGAUUUUGAGGACGAGGACACGAUGGCGUCUCGCCUGAGCCAGGACUACGCGCUGCACGUCGCCGACGAGCGCCGGGCCCUGCCGGCGUUCGCCAGCAGCGCCGUCGCCAUCGUGUGCCGCCGCCUCAAGGCCCAGGGCGCCGGCGACACCGAGCGCCGGUGUGCCACUCUGCUGCGGGACAAGCUGCUGCGCGACGGGCGGCAGCUCCGGCAGCGGCACUCGGGGGGCGACGGCGGCGACGGCGGUGUCAGCAGCAGCCCGCGGUCGCGCACCCGAGAGUGCUGCCUGCAGUCACUGCUGCGCCUCGAAAUGCAGGCGCAGUUCCGCUCCCUCGAGUGCGACGACGACAACAUUGUGGACGAGGUGACCGACUUGCUGAGAACGAUCUCGCUGACGAUGGACCCUGGCUUCCUCAACAAGUUCCUGAGCGAGGAGGUCCUGGAUCGGUUCGCGAGCCGCAUCCCCAGGGUGCUGGGAGCCCUCUACUCCAACCUGGGGCAGAAUGUCCCCCGCAGCCUCCGCGAGAUCCUGCCGGACGACUUCUUCAGCGAGGACUCGCCCUCGCAGGAGGACGAGGACGACGAUGACGGAGUAGCGACGGCACCGGCGAGUGGCGGCGGCGGUGGCGCCGGGAAUCUUUCCGUGUCGUCGCACCGCAACGAGAUCGGCGAGCGCCGGAGUCGCAGCAGCCGGGCGCUGGUGCGGCACCCCAGCGUGUGCGAGGCGGUGCAGAGCCGGCGCCAGAUAGAGAUGCCGAGCCGCGCGGUGAGGAAGGAGAGAUCACUCCGGAGUGGCUCAUCCGUCUCAGCCGUCCCGGUCCCCACCGCUCUGGACGCAGCGAAGGCUGAGACAUCAGAAGAUGUCACCAAGGUGCGGAGGAGUCUGUUCAGCCGGGAGCUCGGCUCGCCGGGGCGCAAACGGCCGCGCUCCCAGCAGCAGCACGGACGCUCUAGCUCCUCGAGAGGCGCUGUGAAGCUGCUGACACGGCAGGUGGCGGAGACGCCGUCGCACAAGCAGUGCUCCCAACGGCUGCUCAAGGCGCAGGUCAAGGGCAGGGAGUAUGGUGCGUGCGACGGCACCAGCGUCACCCUGGUGCAGGAGUCUCCGUGCAAGCCUCUCCACCGAGCCGCGGGGACCCAGGACGUGCGGCGUAGCCCCCGGCUCCACUCGCGUCGCUCCUCCUUCUACGCCGCGUCUCAGCCCCUCUCUCGCGCCGCCGCCUCCGUCUCAACGCAGGAGGCCGCCGCGACGCAGGGCAGCCAGGCCGGCAGAGACCGCUCCACGUCGCCGCGUAAGGCCGCCGCCUCCUCCACAGCUCCGUCUCCACACAAGCUGCUGUUUGCAGCGGCCCAGCAGAGCCCCGACACCAUCGCCUCCGACCUACGGCCGCCCCGGCAUCUCGCCAGCGGGGCCUUCCAGCGGGACGGCGCCGGCGCCCUCUCGGGCCACGUGCACAACCCCUCCAAGCUGUCGCGCCGCCUCUUCGCCCCCUCGAGCACCAGCGCGCCCGCCGCCACCACAACCAGGCUGCCCUUUUCCCCUCCGCCGCGGCCGUCCGCCGCCCCCUCCGGCCUCCCGCGCGCCAGUGGCGCCAGGAGCCGGCGCGUGCGCCGGACUCCCUCCAAAGUGCGGUUCGAAUCGAGCUCGACGACGACGACGACGACGACGACGACGGAGCCGCCACGGUCACGCGGUCCCCGCACGCCGGAGCGGGCGCCGGAGCGCGCCGACGGCGGCACGCCGCCCCGCCGCAGCCCCAGGUUCUCGCGAGGCAUCCCCUGUACGCCGGGGACGCCUGGGACCCCCGGGACUCCCGUGUCCUCUGAGAGAUUGCCCCGCCUAGCCCCCACGCUCCAGACUCCUCGCAGGGACCGCGUUCCUGGAACCCCCGAGACCCCUGGUGCGGGGCACGUGGCGAGGACCCCUCUCACCCCUCGCACCCCACGCACCCCACGCACCCCUCGCGCCAUGUCGAUGGAGCACGGCGUCGUCUCCUGGACGCGUCCACGCCAGUCUCCCAGGGGAACGGACACGUCGGCAACGUCGCCGCCGUCGGCGACCGGCGGCGGCGGCAGACGUGCGCCGGCUCGGUGUUUGCCACGGACGCGCAGCGAGUGCUCGGACCUGCUGCGCUCGCCCCUGAUGACCCCGGCCAAGAGGCAGCCGGCGCUUCCGCCGGAGUUCCCCGGCGGAGUCGGAGAGGCGCGCGACGAGAGGCCCGUGCCGAAGACGCCAAAGGAACGACCGCCAGCGCCGCUCAGAGGCGACGCUGGCGCCGCCACCGCUGGCAAGACGCUUGCAAAGGGCUCGCGGGAAUCGCCGUUGACGCCUCCACGCGUGCCGGAGCAUGGAGUUGGGAUGGCGUCACGGGCGCCAGCACCGGAGAUCAGGAGGUCUCCCAGGAGGUCUCCCAGGAGGUCUCCCAGGAGGUCUCCCAUGAGGUCUCCCAGGAGGUCUCGCAGGAGGUGCCCGAGCGGAGGGGCCACCGGCACAGGAGGCCGCGUGGCGACAGCGCGUGGAGACAGCAGGAGGAGCGGCUCGGCCGACCGGGGAGCAGCGGAAACGGGUGCGGGAGAACGUGGCCAGGAGCCGGAUGGUUUCACUUCCAGAAACUCUGUGGGAGGCGAGAGAUGGAGCGAGGAGGAUGUGGAGGAUGAGGACUCGUUGAACGAGAGGACGGUUUUCUCCUCGUCGCCCGCCGGUGCCGGGAGCCUCACGUCACCCGAGUGGGAGCUGGCGUCGCCGCGCGGCAAUCGAGAAGGCGUGGGCGUGCGCCUGCGCCGAAAGCCGAUGGGCACCGGCAGGGCGCCGGCGGAGACCUUGCUGGAGCCGCCGCUGGCGUCGACGCAGCCGUUGCUUCUUACCCCCGGCCGCAGCUACUCCCUGCGGCUCACGGUGGACCGGAGGCAGCGGCGCGCCGAGGCCUUGCAGUCUUCGCCGGCGGCGGUGGCCGCUGGCGCCUGGCACCCAAGCGCCACCAAGGACGCUCGACGCCGGUACGAGGUGGAACCGUCGCCGCCGGCGCUGCUGCCGCAGGGCUCGGGGCCGCUCAAGCUGCGGCUGAAGCGCGCCGGCUCGUGGAAAUUGAACGAGGACGGCCGGGACCGGGCGCCGGUCGGCGACGCCGCCGCCGCCGCCGCCGCCGCCGCAUCGCACCGCCACUGCAGCCGGCACUCGUCGCGCCAGCAGCCGGUGGAGGCCGCGGAUCAACGUACGCCGCCGUCGCGCCGCGCGCGCCGAGCCUCGGCCUCCCCGAGCCCGCGCCGCGUGCAGACUCGCAUCUGCCACACGCUCACGCCGCCUGCGUCGUCGUCCACGCCCCCGCAGAGCGCAGGCGCGGUGAGCGCCGCGUCGCCCGCGCAGAGUCCCGCCAUCCGGCGGUGGCCCCGCAAGAAGCGGGCGGGCGGCGGCGCUUCUCCCGCCGCGGCCGCCGGCGGAUUCAAGCUGGCGCCGUGGGACGGCGGGCUCGGCGCGGCGGAGGUGGACGGCGUGUUUGCGCUGCCCGACUGCUCCCCGCCGAGGGAGGCGGCGUGGGGAGCCCGGUGGAGCGGCGGUGCCGGGUACGGUCUGGGCUCCCGGCGGAGCGGCUCCGGCGGCGCCGGCUUCGGCCUGGGCUCCAGGAAGAGGCGAGCCGGCUGCCGCCUCUCUUCCCCGGUGGAAGAGGAGGAGGAGGAGGAGAAGGGCGGCGGUGCUGCGGUGCCGGCGGCGGCGACGAAGGAGGCCAAGCGGCCGCGCUCGGAGACGGAGCUGGGCCGGUCCUCCCCGAGAGGGAGCGCCGCCUUCCCGUCCACCGCCAGCGCUGGCGGUGCCGGCGGCAGCGACGACAACGUCUUCUCGAGCCCCGCAGGAGGGAGACACCGGCAGCUGUCGGCUCACGGCCUCCUGGCGCUCACGCAGUCGCCCAUCAUCCGUCCCCCACUCGGGAGCGCCGCCUCCACCCCUCCCACGGAGCCCAAUGGCGCCACCACCACCACCACCAGCAGCAGCAGCAGCCAGUGGUCUCCGCCAGCUGAGCUGUCGUCCGUGCGGCACCGAAGCCCCGGCGCCAGGACGUACGGAAAGAGGAAGCUGCCCUGCUGACGCCACCACCAACGCCGGCGGCGCCAUCAGUCGGGACGGCCGGGACGGUGCGCACUGAGGGGGGUUGUCGCCCCGCCGCACCGCUCCUGGCGUCGCUGUGCACAGCGACCUUGAGUGGGGUGCCCGGCUACGCCUCGGGUGUCCGUCCAGAGAACCGAGGAUAAGACUCAUAGACUCGUACAGAGAUCUGUCAACUCGCAGAGACUCGUGCAGAGAUCCGUCAACUCACAGAGACCCGUAGACUUGCACCGAGACCCAUUGACUCUCACAGAAUAAGUACUCUGUACUUUUAGUCAUCAUCAGCAGCAGCAGUGAUCAGUCCACUGCUGGAUUAAAGUAUCCCAGGUCGUCGCCACUACCUGCCGAUCCUCCUGCGAUGUGGUGCCGUGCGUCUCGGUUCACAAGCCGUCAGUCGCUGGGCAUCUUGACGUGACUCCUGGGUGCCUUGGUUGCUGUAUAGUGCCUUCUUGCCUGCAGGGUUGUUAUAUCUGGUUGCUAGGCAUCCAUCGCGGGGUGCUGGACGUCAGUCGGAGGGUGCUGGGUGUCAGUCGCAGGAUGCUGGACGUCAGUCCCAAGGUGCUGGGCGUCAGUCCCAAGGUGCUGGGCGUCAGUCCCAAGGUGAUGGGCGUCAGUCCCAAGGUGCUGUGGUCCCACGUCUUGGCAAGGUUUAGCUGUGGCUGUGUCGCGGACUUGCGGUGGGGGUUAAAGGUCACCUGCAGUGGAUGUCGGGCUGGCAAGCGCUCGAACCAAUCAACUGUGCAAUUUUUUUGUCGUUGUCGUGGUUGUUGUGGUUUCUGUCGUCGUUGCGUUUGGGGAAGAUGGACGCGUUCCUCGGGGCGUCCUCACCGGCGCCGCGUGGGCCUUGCUCUCGGAGCGCCACUGCCGUGCGCCGAGUGAAGAGUUUUCUUUUUACAAAUAAAAAAGUGAUAUUUCC